GAGAGGAGGAGGAGAGGAGGUGGAAGGUGUAUAUAAAGAAGAGCCACUGGUGUCUCAAGCAUUCUGUACCUAGUGGUUAUUGCUGAGGUUCUUUACAAUGCACGGGAAGGUUGUGCUUCUGCUGGCGCUGGUGGCUGUGGUGGCUGCCGACAGGAGGCCCCGCCCAGCAUACGGCGCCCCACCUCCUCCACCUCCACCCCCUCCCAGACCCAGUUACGGUGCUCCGGAAUCUUCCGAGGAGGUGGCACCCCACUUCAACCACCAGGAGGACCGCGAGUACGACAACACUAAGGGGUCCUACUCUGUGCAGCUCCCCGACGGCCGCCUGCAGCACGUCGCCUACUACGUGGAGGGCGAUUCAGGCUACAUCGCUGAAGUCAACUACGAGGGCGAGGCUCAGUACCCAGAGUCUGAGGAGUCCAGGGAAUACGGCAUCACCCGUCCCGCUGCUCCACCUUUCUCCACCACAACACAUGGGGUCAGCCUGCCACCACCACCACCACCAUCACCACCACCACCACCAUCACCACCACCACCACCACCAUCUCUCGUUCUCUAUCAAGACUUGCACAAACUCAAUCAAAUUCCAGGAAACAAAAAAACCAAUCUCACCUCAGAAAUCUCCAGCCUCAGGAAUAUUUAUGUGGCAAUGAACCUUCGAGUUAUCAAUGUAUCAAAGUCUCCACCUACUCCUGUACCCUUUUCUCCUCCUUCUCCUCCUUCUCCUCCUCCUCCUACUGACCCUCUAAGUCCAAGACGAGCUGAUCUUGACCUCACACGUGCCGUUAUGAACACGUCCACACCCACCGUACUAGGUCAAGCCAGGUCACGCUUCAGACGCAAUCAGACAUAUUACAUCCGAAUAAGGAAUGUGGAAUGGGUGGAGUAUGGCUUGGGUAAGAUGCAUGCCUGCAGUUGCUUUCCAAACUCCGAUAUGAUACUGCAGAGUGUGGCAGCGCUAGUGGCGGUGGUGGUGCUGGUGGUGGGGGUGGAAGGGGAGGGCUCUGACACUUAUGAGUACUCUCCUCCUCCUGCUGCUCGCUACCAAGGCUCGAAGGAAUCCAAGGAGUCCGAGGAGUCCACCGUCAGGCCAAACUUCAACUACAACUUCGCCGUGAAGGACGAUUUCUUCAACAACAACUUCGGCCAGCAGAAAUCACGUGACGGGGAGAACAUCAAGGGCUCUUACUACGUGCAGCUCCCCGACGGCCGCCUGCAGAAGGUGUCCUACUACGUGGACGGUGACUCGGGUUUCGUGGCGGAGGUCACCUACGAGGGCGAGGCGCGAGAGUACGUACCGAAGCCGAGGAAAGUGAAAGAGUCCAGCGAGUCAUUGAAAACCUUGUACCGCGGUCACGAAUCUAAAGAAUCCGAGGAGUCCAGCGAGUCCAGGGAGUCCAGGGAGUCCUACGCCGCUGGGAGGACGGUGUAUAGAUCCAGCGAAUCCAAGGAGUCCAGAGAAUCCUACUCCCAUACAAGCGUGUCUUACCAGUCCCUCCAGUCCGAGGAGUCCCAGGAGGAUGUCGCUUAUUCUCCGCCACCCAAGACAGUUCGUAAGGAGCAGAAAGCUUACACGUACCUGAGCCCUUCACGUGCCCCGGGUCGCGCCACUCAGCAGGAGACAGUAACGUCCAAACCCUCACGAAGGCGGUCCAAGCAUUCGUCAGAGGAAAGAGACACACAUUCCUCCUCUAAGUCCUCAUCAGGUCACACCUCAAGGCCAAAGACGAGAGACUCACAGGAAAGCCACAUCAAGUCAAGUCGGUCGCAUAAGACAAGAGACUCGGAGGAAAGCAACGAAAGGGGAGACUCCGAGGAAAGCCAGACAUACUCUCUCCCUUCGAAGUCCUCAAGAAAAGAAUCUGACGAGGAGCCUCAGGAAAUCCCUCACUCCAGCUCAGAGGACAAUGACAGACAGAAGGAUUCCAGCGAGACAUCUCCUUCUGGUCCUGCUUCCUAUUCCUACGAUGCGCCGGUCUACGCCCCUCAAAGCACAAAGCAGCUACGACACUCCUACAGCCCCGUGAAACUGUUGACGUAGUGAGGGAGUUUGCUGACCUCCGUUUUCUUUGUAUAUUGUUGACCUGUAUUGUGUGUUGUCAGUGCUCUGAUGAAUGUGAGUAAAAUGUUGCUGUA